AUGUUCCCUCCAGACGUGUGGAAUUCUACGGACCUGAUGUGGUUCAAUGCGUCUGAGUUGAAUGCUUCUCUGGAGGAUUCGGAGGAGGGGGACCACCCGUUCCUGACGGACGCCUGGCUGGUGCCUCUCUUCUUCGCCCUUAUCAUGCUGGUGGGGCUCAUCGGGAACUCGCUGGUCAUCUAUGUCAUCUCCAUACACAGGCAGAUGAGGACGGCCACCAACUUCUACAUAGCUAACCUGGCUGCCACAGACAUCAUCUUCCUGGUGUGUUGUGUCCCGUUCACAGCCACUCUCUACCCGCUCCCUGGAUGGAUAUUUGGGGACUUCAUGUGUAAAUUUGUUGCUUUUCUACAACAGGUGACUGUUCAGGCUACUUGCAUCACCCUCACUGCCAUGAGUUGGGAUCGCUGCUAUGUCACAGUGUACCCUCUAAAGUCCCUACGCCAUCGCACUCCACGAGUUGCCAUGAUUGUUAGCAUCUGUAUAUGGAUCGGUUCCUUCCUUCUAUCCACCCCGAUCUUCAUGUAUCAGAGGAUUGAGGAGGGUUACUGGUAUGGACCGAGACACUACUGCAUGGAGAGGUUUCCUUCUAAAACCCAGGAGAGGGCUUUCAUCCUGUACCAGUUCAUAGCUGCCUACCUGCUACCUGUCAUUACCAUCUCAUUCUGCUACACAUUCAUGCUGAAGAGGUUGGGCCAGCCGUCAGUGGAGCCAGUAGACAAUAAUUACCAGGUCCACCUGUUGUCAGAGAGGACCAUCACUCUGAGGAGUAAGAUCUCCAAGAUGGUGGUGGUGAUUGUCCUCCUAUUCACCAUAUGCUGGGGGCCUAUCCAACUCUUCGCCCUGUUCCAGUCCUUCUACCCCAACUACAGGGUCAACUACGCUACCUAUAAGAUCAAGACGUGGGCUAACUGCAUGUCCUACGCUAACUCCUCCAUCAACCCAAUCAUUUACGGCUUCAUGGGAGCCAGUUUCCGCAAGUCCUUCAAGAAGACUUUCCCCUUCCUGUUCAAACACAAAGUGAGAGACAGCAGUGUCACGUCGCGCACGGUUAAUGCAGAAAUCAAGUUAGUUGCUGCAGAGGAAGGCAACAACGAUGGGAAAUUAAAUGAGCCAUGGGCUGAGUGAGCUGCUGGGGGGCAAAGCUGCUGGGGAUUCAGUUCACAUUGGCACACAAACAGAAAAACACAUGAUAGACUGCUGCGAAUGCACACUGCUCAACAUACACUGCUGUGUACUCACACUUUUCAGAAGGCAAAGACCCCCUGGUGGAAGCAGUUGUUUGUUUGCAAUUCUACAAAAGCUGACUGAUCCUGCUUUA